AUGUCAUCCCGCUUCUACCUCUCGUCCCCUGCCUCUACCUCGAACUCAUCCCUCUCAUCAGCCAAUCCUGACAGCCUCCCAUUUCCCAAGCCGCUUGACCGCGCCUCAUUCCUCGAGCCGGACUUUGACCCUGCCACUUUCCUCUCUUCGCUCACCAAUCGCUUUCAAACCCUCGAGGACCUACGGACAGAACUGGUCUCACUUUCGCAGACGAUUGAGAACGAGCUUGUGGACCUGGUGAACGACAACUACUCGGAAUUUCUGAACCUAGGAUCGAGCUUGCAAGGCGGCGAGGGCAAGAUCGAGGACGUGCGCGUGGGCUUGCUGGGAUUCGAGCGAGAUGUCAAGGGCUUGAGGGCGAAGGUGGAGGGGGAGCGAACAAAAAUAUCAGAAUUCGUGCAGGAGAAGAAGGAGGUGAUGCGAGAACUCAACUUGGGAAGUAGUCUUCUGGAGAUUGACCAUCGGCUGGGGGAGUUGGAGGUAGACCUGGGGUUGAAGGAAAGGUUUACGCCAGCAGUCGAACAACGUGAUGACGAGGAAGACGACGCGGACGACGAGCCAUGGGGCGCAGAGUGGGAUGAUGAAGUCGUUGAUCUUGAUGAAGAAGAGUAUUCUUCGGAGCAGAGGGAUGUCCCGAUCAGACUCAAGAGCAAGGUCGAAAGGUACCUCGCCGUGAAGAUACUGGCUCAAAAAUUCGACAAGGAGCAUCCUUUCCUAGCAGCUGAACAAGGACGCAUGAAGAAGGUCAGGGAAACGGUGCUUCUCGACGUCGAUGCAGCGAUACGGGCGGAGCCCAAUGUCAAGGGAAAGCAGGCCAUGAUGCGGUUACGUGCCAACAUCGAGGAUUGA